GCCUCAUGAAAGGGAGAAAUAUUCACUGUCAAGCAACACCUGAGCAACUCACCGGGCAGAAAUGGCUCCAGGGUCCUGGUUCUCUCCUCUGGCCAUCGCUGUGAUCACGGUGGGGCUGCAGUGGGCACAGCCAGCUGCCACCUUCCCAGCCAUGCCCCUGGCCAGCCUGUUUGCCAACGCUGUGCUGAGGGCUCAACACCUUCACCUCCUGGCUGCCGAGACCUACAAGGAGUUCGAACGCACCUACAUUCCAGAGGACCAAAGGCACACAACCAAGAAUUCCCAGGUGGCGUUCUGUUACUCGGAAAUGAUCCCUGCUCCCAUGAAAAAGGAUGAUGCCCAGCAGAAAUCCGACAUGGAGCUUCUCCGUUUCUCCCUGGCUCUCAUCCAGUCCUGGCUGACCCCGGUGCAGUACCUGAGCAAGGUGUUCACAAACAACCUGGUUUUUGGCACCUCAGACAGAGUGUAUGAAAAGCUAAAGGACCUGGAGGAAGGGAUCCAAGCCCUGAUGAGGAAGCUGGAUGAUAAAGGUUGUCGUGGUCAGAGAUGCAGCCAGGGCAAGCUCAGUUGUGGAAAUAGGUCCUGUGAGUGGUCCUGUCUCUGUCACAGUAGUUCAGCCUCUUCCUGGUGUAUCAAACCUUUUUUCCCCUCUGUUUUCCCUCAGCACUCCCUGUUCUCCGCGUUCUCCAGGUUCGGGCCGCUGUACUCGGUGCGGGCGCGCGGCAACGCCGCCGUGGCAGGGCCGGGAUGCUGCGGGGUCAUCAAGUUCUACUCAGCUGGGGAUGCCAGCAGGGCCCAGCGCGCCUGCAACGGGCAAAGGCUGUUUCAGAAACGCCCCUUGAAGGUUUGUGUUUGCCCCAAGCAGAGGGGGAUUCAGCAACAAGCCCCUGCCCUCAGCAGCAACAAGUGCCAGGAGUUGGCCAACCACUACCUGGGCUUUAACGGCUGGUCCAGUCGCAUCAUCACGCUGCAGAAGGUGUCUGCCCUUGAUGGUGAGAAUGAGGAGCUGGGACAGAGCUCCCAGCAGGGACCUGUGAAGUUCCUGUGUGCUCUGGAGCUGACGCUGCCCCAGCACGGGGUGUGCAGCCGGGGAGUUGCCCUGGGCCAGGCAGCCGUAGGAGAUGGGCAAGAUCCCCUGGAGCUCAUCACAGCCACGAGAAGAGCUCAGAAGCUCGCGGUGGGGAAAGCUCUGUCUGGGGCCUUCCAGAAGAUCCUCCUCGUAGUCUUGGAAAAUGGGAAAGUGGCUGUGGAGUACAAUUCCUGCCAGGAGGAGCCCACAGACUCCUUAACAGAAGAGGAACUGAAGGGGCUUGUUCAGGUCAAUGAAUUGUCCUUGGAACAGUUUGACCUCGAAGAAGAAGAAGUUUUGUCUGAUCUCAGUUUGGAUGACGAGCCAUGAAACACCCUGUUUGCUUUUCCUCCAGAUGCCCAACAGGGAAAGAAAUGGGCAAUAAACCCUGUGUUACUAAAAGUAAGCCCCCAGAUACAUGCUGGUUUUGGAGAAGAGGUGUUUUGCUGUCAGCCUGCUCAGGUCAGCUCUCUCUGGAAGCCAGCUUAGCUGCAUGAUUGGUGUUUAGACAGGACAGCAGGUGUGAGCAGCACUCCCAGGACAGCCAAAGGAACAAGCUCUCCCUGCAAGAGCCCUGUACAGCUCCAGGUCACUCUGAUCCAUGGGAGAAAGUCUGGGAUGGAAGAUGUCUUAGCAGCAGGAGGAGCUGUGGGGCUGACCCAGCUCUGCACAGGCUCAGGAAAAAGCAUUUCUCUAAGUGCAAAUUGUUUUAAAUAAAGUUA